AUGGAGAAAGCAUUCACAUCAUUUCUCUUAACAAUACUCUUGUUGGUUCAAUAUGUUAUGGCUACUUCAGCCAUGACUCAUACAAACAUUUCCACGGAUCAAUUAACUCUUCUCUCUAUGAAAUCACAAAUUAUUUCAGACAUCUUGGAUGAAAGCUGGUCUCCCGCUACUUCUAUUUGCCAUUGGAUAGGAGUCACUUGUGACUCUCGUCACGAGCGAGUGAAGUCCUUGAAUCUUUCCAACAUGGAUCUUACCGGCAAAAUUCCGAAAGAUUUAGGAAACCUUACAUUUCUUGUUUCUCUUGACUUGAGUGGCAACAAUUUGCAUGGAAAUUUGCCUCAUGAAAUGGCAAACUUGCGUCGGCUUAAGUUUCUUGAUUUAAGUUUGAACAACUUCAUAGGGGAGAUUCCUUCUUGGUUUGGAUUCUUACAGAAACUUGAAGUUCUAAAUCUUGGUAAUAAUAGCUUCAGUGGUACCAUUCCCACUACAGUUUCUAAUAUUUCUAAGCUAGAAACUUUGUGUUUGACAUCCAAUUUCUUAGAGGGUCAAAUUCCAGAGGAAAUUGGAAAUCUUAAAAACCUGAGGACUUUAGACUUGAGUGGAAACAAGCUCGUAUACUCUAUUCCUCCGUCACUCUUGAAUGCCUCAAGGUUGGAGAUUUUAGACAUAUCUGCCAAUUUACUUGAAGGAAACAUCCCAAUAGGGAUUGGCAAUCUUCACAACCUGAACUGGAGAAAGCCUAGUGAGUUUAAGGGAGAUCUUAGCUUGAAGCAAUGGGUGAGUUAUUCACUCCCAGAGGCAAUGAUGGACGUUAUGGAUGCCAACUUGGUUACACCAAUGGAUAAUCGCUUACAGAAGGAGUUAGAUAUCGUGGCAUCAAUCAUGAAAGUAGCAUUAGAUUGUUGUGCUGAAUCUCCGACAAGAAGGACACACAUGAAAGAUGUUGUAGGGAUGCUAUAG